CUAAGUAGUGUCCGAGGACAAGGAGCUGUGCUUCUCUUCUCGUUGUUUGAUUCUCCUUUCUCCCCUUUGUUGGCUACUUGCAAUCCCCGCGCCAACCAACAAGCAGCGGCAGUGCUUCUCGUUCUCUCCUAAACCCUAAACCCUAGCUGACAAGAAGAGGUAGCAACACGAAGAAAAGGUCACUAGGGAGUUCUUGGUCGGACUAGCUUCCUCUAUCUGAAUACGGUACGAAUUUCCCAGUUCAAUCUUGAACUUCUCUCCCAAGCUCUUCCGGUAUACGUUUUUUUUCCUUGGCUGGGUUCCAGUUUUUCACAUGUGUUGUUUAAAGUUUCAUUCUUUCUAGGUCUGAUGUCUCCUGCUGCACUUAGCAAGAAGAAGGGCUUAAAAUCAAGCCUGUCUCCUGCCGCACUUAGCAAGAAGAAGGGCUUAAAAUCAAGCAAAGGCCCACCUAAGAAGAAGCAAAAGGGCGAUCUUUUCACCGAGAAACGCCCCAAAAAGGCUGACAUUUCGGACGAUUCCGACGGCUCAGAUGAAGAAGUAAAGGAAUUGGUAAACUUUGAUGGAGACGAGGAGGGUUCUGAUUCUGGUUCUGACCUUCUGUCUGGGGACGAUGAUCCUCUAGCUGAUGACUUCCUGCAAGGAAGUGAUGAUGAAGAAGAAAUUUCAGGCUCGGAUUCUGGUGCUGGUUCAGACGGUUCAGACUCUGAUUCAGAUGACUCUGAUAUUGAGCGGAAGUCUAGAGCUCUGGAUGAACGUAGAGCAAGGGAAGAAAAGGACGCAGAGGAAGAGCUGCAAACCAAUAUUGCUGAGGAAUCGGACGAGUUCCGGCUUCCAACCGAGGAGGAACUCGAAAUUGAGGCAAAUCGCCCUCCUGAUCUUCAGAAUCUCCAAAGACGAAUCCAAGAGAUUACUAGAGUGCUUUCAAAUUUUAAAGAUUUGAGGCAGGAAGGAGCGAAGAGAAAAGAUUAUAUUGAGCAGCUUAAGUUGGAUCUAAGUUCUUAUUAUGGCUACAACGAUUUCCUUAUGGGAGUUUUGAUAGAGAUGUUUCCAGUUAAUGAACUUAAGGAACUUAUUGAAGCUUUUGAAAAGCCAAGACCUAUAUGCUUACGAACAAACACUUUGAAGACAAGAAGACGUGAUUUGGCUGAAGUCCUGUUGAAAAGAGGAGUGAACUUAGAUCCCUUGAGCAAGUGGUCAAAGGUCGGACUGGUUGUGUAUGAUUCACAAGUGCCAAUUGGGGCCACUCCUGAAUAUAUGGCUGGGCUCUACAUGCUACAAAGUGCAAGUUCAUUUUUGCCUGUUAUGGCGCUUGCUCCCCAAGAAAAGGAGCGGAUUGUCGACAUGGCAGCUGCACCUGGUGGUAAAACAACAUAUGUUGCUGCUCUUAUGAAAAAUACAGGAAUAAUUUAUGCAAACGAGAUGAAGGAACCAAGGCUUAAGUCACUGACUGCUAAUUUGAAUCGGAUGGGGGUGUCAAACACCAUAGUUUGUAACUAUGAUGGUAGAGAGCUUCCCAAGGUUUUGGGUGUCAAUUCAGUUGAUAGAGUGUUGCUGGAUGCUCCCUGUAGUGGAACAGGGGUCAUAUCUAAAGACGAGUCAGUAAAAACGUCCAAAAGCCUGGAGGAUAUAGAAAGAAGCGCGCAACUCCAGAAGCAAUUAAUACUCAAUGCAAUUGACAUGGUUGAUGCAAACUCAAAAUCUGGGGGAUAUAUUGUUUACUCCACAUGCUCCAUGAUGAUUGCUGAGAAUGAAGCAGUCAUUGACUAUGCUCUCAAGAAGAGGAAUGUUAAACUGGUGCCUUCUGGGCUCGACUUUGGCCGCCCAGGGUUUACUCGAUUCAGAGAGCACCGGUUUCACCCAUCAUUAGAUAAGGCUAGACGGUUCUAUCCCCAUGUAAACAACAUGGAUGGGUUUUUUGUGGCAAAGCUGAAGAAAGUAAGCAAUGCAUUACCUACUGUCGCCGCUGCUGAAGCUGUGGAGUCUAUAGAGCAAGCUCCAGUGUCUGGUGAGAAAGACGCCGUUGAGUCUGUAGAGGAAGCUCCAGUGUCCGGUGAGAAGGAUGUUGUGGGCGGAAGAGUGGGGCCUUCCAAGGAAGACAGUACCAAGAAAAACAAUGCAGGUUUGAAAAAACAAGCACACAAAAAUGGGAAUGAAGUAUCCGAACCAGCAGCUGGUAAACGCAAGGAGAGGAAGUUCCCAUUCAGAAAGGAAGUGCCACGCAAAGCGGAAAUCAUAAAAGCCAGGGAGGAGAAGAGACAAGCAUUGAGGGGAACAAAAAGAAAAGCGGGAGGGAGCAAGUAGAGGAGGCCACCGAUAACAGAAGCAAGAAAGCCUAUAUACGUUGGAUGGAGGAAUGCUCAGAACAGAAUACUCUAAUAGGAUCAUAUGCCAUGUCGUUAAGUUAUAUGGUUUCCAUCAGCAUGUUUGUUUGGAGGGGAUGAUGAGACUCUCCUUGUGCAAGAGUUUGUUGGUCCUCUUGCUUUCUUAUGUAGCAAAAUAUUCAGCUUUAGCUUUUCGAGUCACUUAUGGACACCCCCUCCCUUCUGUGGAGUGCCUGUGUCCUGAAUUCACCAUUUUGCUCUUGGGGGGUUGUUACAACCACUGUAAAAUUUUGUUUCGUUUACCAAACAGCUCAUUCGUUGUUGGAGUAAUGCAGUCUCGUUUGUUAUGGCAGGAAAGUUUUCCUGCUUAAUUCUUCGUUGAUGUCCAUUUUGUCACCAUUUAAGUAGAUUCCCUCGCCCAUUGUAUAUGACAAAGUGGAUGAAACAUGUCAGAAGAGGGGUUACAGCGGAUCAUUUGGUCAAUAAACUUGUCUUCUCUGUAACGGGAUUUGAGUUGGGCGGCAAGAAUUGGACGGGACAAAGUCGGCUAUCUCUCAAACGUGAGCAGACGAGACACGGCUAAGAAGACAGAAGUCAAUUCGUGGUCCUCAUGACAAUGUUUGUCAUACCACCUGGCUGUAAUCGUCACAGUCAACGUCGACAGAUUCGAUUCUCGGACAAGAUGAAAGAAUGAGGUAGAAAUUAAGAAAUAUGAUCAUUGUUC